AUGCAUAACCCCACAUCUCUGCUGGUAACGUUGACAGCGGCGCUUGCGGCUCUGCCCGAAGCUCAAGCUGCCAUCUAUACCAAGAACUCUCCCGUUCUUCAGGUCAAUGCUAAGAACUACAACAAUCUUAUUGCCAAGUCCAACUACACCUCUAUCGUCGAGUUCUACGCUCCCUGGUGUGGUCAUUGCCAGAACCUGAAGCCCGCCUAUGAGAAGGCUGCCAAGAACCUCGAUGGCCUUGCUCAGGUUGCUGCCAUCGACUGCGAUGAAGAUGCCAACAAGCAGCUAUGUGGCUCUAUGGGAGUUCAGGGCUUUCCUACUCUCAAGAUCGUCCGUCCUGGUAAGAAGUCAGGCAAGCCUGUCGUUGAGGACUACCAAGGUCAGCGAAGCGCUGGGGCCAUCCAAGAGGCUGUCAUGAGCAAGAUCAACAACCAUGUCACACGUGUAAGCGACAAGGACCUGGACUCUUUCCUCGCAGGUGAUAAGCCCAAGGCUAUUCUCUUCACUCAAAAGGGAACUACCAGCGCACUUAUUCGAAGUAUCGCCAUUGACUUCCUUGAUGUCAUUUCUGUCGCCCAGAUCCGUGAUAAGGAAGCGGGUGCUGUCAAGAAGUUUGGUAUUGAAAAGUUCCCCGCUCUUGUCCUCAUUCCCGGAGAAGGCAAGGACCCCAUUGUCUACGAUGGCGAGAUGGCCAAGAAGGACAUGAUCAAGUUCCUCACCCAAGCUGGACAGCCCAACCCUGUCCACUCUUCUGGAAGCGCUAAGAGCAGCAAGGCCAAGAAGGACGACACCAAGACCGCUAAGAAGAACAAGUCCAGUGAAGCUGCCAAGGAGCCUGCCGCCGAGUCGAAGGAAUCCACUACUGAGGCUGAGGCUGAGGCUGUUCCUUCUAUGGUUCCUAUCUCUACUAUCAAGAGCUUGGAGGAGCUUACCAAGGAGUGUCUCGCUCCCAAGUCCCACACCUGCGUCCUCGUCUUCACCCCCGGUGAAGCUGGCGAGAAGGCUGUUGACUCGCUCUCUCACCUCAACACCAAGUACGUCCACGGUGGCCGAAAGACCUUCCCCAUCAUCGCUGUUCCCAGCGACAGUGACGCCGCGUCUACUCUUCCCAAGGCCCUCGGUUUCAAGGACAAGGUCAACCUGAUUGCCAUCAACACCCGCCGCAACUGGUGGCGCCAGUACGAAGGCGACUUCAGCCUCUCCAGUGUCGAGAGCUGGAUUGACGCCAUCCGCAUGGGUGAGGGUGCCAAGAAGAAGCUCCCUGAGGGCGUUGUCGUUGAGAAGAAGGCCGAGUCUGCCGAGUCUGCCCAGGAUGAGUCGACUCAAGCUACCGACCCUGAGCCCGAGAUCGAGACCGAUGGUCCCGAUGAUGUUAAGACCGUCAUUGAGACUGAGACCAAGGUCGAGUACGAGACUAUCACUGGCGAGGACGGAGAGGUGACCACGACUAUCAUCGAGACCGAGAUUGAGUAUGAGACCCAGACCGAGACCGAGUAUGUUGAGGAGACUCCCGAGCCUGAGGCCCAGCCUGUCGCUGAGUCCGAAGCCGAGCCCAAGACCAAGGAUCAAGUUAAGCACGAGGAGCUGUAA